UCGCGUCCAGGAGUGCGCAGAGCUGGGAGCGGCUUGGCCAUGGCCAUGGCCCGGUCCCGGAGGGACUCCAUGUGGAAGUACUGUUGGGGACUUUUGAUGGUUUUAUGCAGAACUGCGAUCUCCAGAUCGAUAGUUUUAGAGCCUAUCUAUUGGAAUUCCUCGAACUCCAAAUUUCUACCUGGACAAGGCCUGGUACUAUACCCACAGAUAGGAGACAAAUUGGAUAUUAUUUGCCCCAAAGUGGACUCUAAAACUGUUGGCCAGUAUGAAUAUUAUAAAGUUUAUAUGGUUGAUAAAGACCAAGCAGACAGAUGCACUAUUAAGAAGGAGAACACCCCUCUGCUCAACUGUGCCAAACCAGACCAAGAUGUGAAAUUCACCAUCAAGUUUCAAGAAUUCAGCCCUAACCUGUGGGGUCUAGAAUUUCAGAAGAACAAAGAUUACUACAUUAUAUCUACAUCAAAUGGGUCUUUGGAGGGCCUGGAUAACCAGGAGGGAGGGGUGUGCCAGACAAGAGCCAUGAAGAUCCUCAUGAAAGUUGGACAAGAUGCGAGUUCUGCUGGAUCAACCAGGAAUAAUGAUCCAACAAGACGUCCAGAACUAGAAGCUGGUACAAAUGGAAGAAGUUCAACAACAAGUCCCUUUGUAAAACCAAAUCCAGGUUCCAGCACCGACGGCAACAGCGCCGGGCAUUCCGGGAACAAUCUUCUCGGUUCCGAAGUGGCCUUAUUCGCAGGGAUUGCGUCAGGAUGCAUCAUCUUCAUCGUCAUCAUCAUCACGCUCGUGGUGCUGCUGCUCAAGUACCGCCGGAGGCAUCGCAAGCACUCUCCACAGCACACCACCACGCUGUCACUCAGCACGCUGGCCACGCCCAAGCGCGGUGGCAACAACAAUGGCUCGGAGCCUAGUGACGUUAUCAUACCGCUAAGGACUGCGGACAGCGUCUUCUGCCCGCACUACGAGAAGGUCAGCGGGGACUAUGGGCACCCGGUGUACAUCGUGCAGGAGAUGCCACCGCAGAGUCCCGCCAACAUUUACUACAAGGUCUGAGGCCCGGGACCUGCGCCUCCCGUGGGAACUCGUCCCCUGGUGCAGGGACUGCCUGAGCCCAGCCGGGGCCAGAUGCUUCCUGAAGAGCCUCGAGCUGGACAGCUUUCUAGUCUGUAGCUUUUCGGCUGGCCGCGGGGACCACAGACCCUCCCCUGAAGCUGGAAGACUGCUAGGAGAUCCCCGCACGGACCUCCAAGCCAUGUACCCAGCCACUCAGGCCUCUGCAGAGCCCGGGGAGGACUCGGCGGGCAAUGGACGGAGCCACAGCAUCUUGGAAGUAGGCUGUGCGCCAGGCCAGCCUCUGCCUCCAUGUCUCCCGCCAUGAGCACUGGACUUGUCACUUGGACCUUGGGCUCAGUAAGGUUUUCAAAGAUCUCUAGCAUUUAGUCCUCACUCACUCCUUAUGUUACCAGGGCUCUGACGCACCUCCCUAGACCUCUCACUCACAUCCUGCAUCUCUAAGGGACGCUCACCAGAGUCCCGGCUCCACCCUUUACACCACCGUCCAGUUAGAUGGGUAUCCCUGUGAGGCCUGGGAGCUGUGGAAGGGCGAGAAAGUGGAGGCAUGGGGCGAGUCAAGGUUGCGCCCCUAGAGCAGAGUGUGGAAGGAAGAGGGAGCAAUAGGUAGCGCAGUGCUUUCAUUUGCUGAGAGGAAAGAAGCAGGUGGGAGACAACACAGGUGGCAGACUGCGGGUGGGUUUGCUGGGAGACACUCGUGGUUGUCACACUGCUAAGCUAAGUGCAGGGAAACAGAGUCCCUCUCCAGCAAUGGAACAAAGAGGCCAUUGUUGAGAAAGGACCAGCCAGGGCAGGGAGGGAGCAGGUAGGCCCCUGGUGAUGUACUGGGGAGGACUGUGUGGUACUGGCAAUAAGACAUGCAGCUCUGGAGCUGCAGGAGAGUCGUCUGCUUUGGGUGAUGUUUUAAGCAGACUCAGCUGCUAUACUUACUACAUUUUAUUAAACACAGGGAAAGCAUUUAGGAGAAUAGCAGAGAGCCAAAUCUGACCUAGAAGUUGUAAAGCCAAAGGUCAAACAGGCUGUAAGUCCAUCACCACUGAGUUACUGGAGAAUUCCCAUUAUGAAAGGUAGGUCAGAACCCUGUCCCCCCAAGUACCCCUCCCCCUCCCCAAUGGAGCCUUACACUAUGUUUUUUAGUUUAUGGCUGUGCUGUCCUAGCUGCGAGGCUGCAGGGAGGUACUGAGGAGCCACGCCUGGGCUCGGUGUUAAAAUAAAGCACACGUGGUCCACCUCUUAGACUCCUUAAGAAGAACAGUAAGUUAUGACAAGGGGAGGAGGAAAUAGGACAUAUUUAUAAUAAGUAUAUAGAACACAGGGGAUAUAAAAUGAAAGAUUUUUACUAAUAUAUAUUUUAAGAUUGCACACAAUACACACCAGAAGAUGUGAAAUUCAUUUGUUAUGGCAAUUAAAGUGAUCCCAAUACUUAGUGCUUUAAAAAAAAUUAAAAUUGGACAACUACUUCUGGGAAAAACAAUAUCACUCCAAAGAUAUCAAUAACGCAAGCAAAUAACAAAAGUGACAAGGUCCUGCAGGCAUCUCACAGAACUCUAGACUAGCAGAUACAAGCCCCCAAGUACCAGGAGCUCAAUGUGACUGCAGCAAUGACAAGAUGUGCGGGCGUUAUUUUCUGUGUUGACUUUUCCCUUGCCUUAUAGGCUGAAGUGUUCUCUAGAAUCCAGCAGUUCACAUGGAGGGGGAUCCAGCUGAAAGUUUGACUGUGACUCCCUCCUCCUCUCCUUCCCCCGCUUCCCUGCCCUUCCAGAAACAAGAAGAGUAAACAGCAAACCUACUUUUUUUUAUGUGCUAUGCAAAAUAGACAUCUUUAACAGAGUCCUGUUACUAUGGUAACACUUUGCUUUCUGAAUUGGAAGGAAAAAAUUGUAGCGACAGCAUUUGAAGGUUCUCAGACCUCCAGUGAGUACCUGCAAAAUUGAGUUGUCACAGAAAUUAUUAUUCCCUGGUUCCUGAACCUGAAAAUGAUGUUGGUUCAAUGUGUGUGUAUGUGUGAGUGGGUGUGUGGUACACGUGUGUACAUAUAUGUAUAAUAUAUAUCUCCAAUAUAUAUUAUAUAUAUCUAUAUCAUAUUCUGUGGAGGGUUGCCAUGGUGACCAGCCACAGUACAUAUGUAAUUCUUUCCAUCACCCCAACCCCUCCUUUCUGUGCAUUUAUACAAGAUUUUCUUGUAAGCCAUCAAAAGUUACUUGUAGGAAGGGGGAAAGGUGAGGCGGGAAGAAGUGGGACACCUUCUGAUUUUAAUGAAAUCAAAUGUCUGUAUCAUCAGUUGGCUACAUUUUGGUUUUAUGCUAAACUGUGAAAACGCAAAUGAAUUGAUGAAGAGUUACCUGCAACCAAUUGAGAAGUGUUCUGUGCGUCUGUUUUGUGUCUGGUGCAGAAAAUGACAAUCUACCAACUGUCCCCUUACUUGGAGUUGGUUCAGCUUUGGAAAGUUACUGUAAAUGCCUUGCUUGUGUUCACAUCCCUAGUCAUCUGACUUUGGAACGCGCACCAUCAUGUAUAAGUGAGGAUGCUGUAAAUAGGUUCAGAUUCACUGUCUAUGGAUUCGGGGUGUUACAGUAGCCUUAUUCGCCUUUUUAAUAAAAAUACACAUGAAAACAAGACAGAAAUGGCUUUUCUUACCCAGAUUGUGUACAUAGAGCAAUGUUGGUUUUUUAUAAAGUCUAAGCAAGAUGUUUUGUAUAAAAUCUGAAUUUUGCAAUGUAUUUAGCUACAGCUUGUUUAACGGCAGUGUCAUUCCCCUUUGCACUGUAAUGAGGAAAAAAAAUGGUAUAAAAGGUUGCCAAAUUGCUGCAUAUUUGUGCCGUAAUUAUGUACCAUGAAUAUUUAUUUAAAAUUUCGUUGUCCAAUUUGUAAGUAACACAGUAUUAUGCUUGAGUUAUAAAUAUUUUUUUUCUUUGUUUUAUUUUAAUAGCCUGUCAUAGGUUUUAAAUCUGCUUUAGUUCCACAUGACAGUUAGCCCCAGAAAAUGAGAUCCGAGCAGUCACAUUCCACGUCUGUUUCAAACUGAAUUUGUUCUUAAAAAAAUAAAAUAUUUUUUUCCU